UCCCUGAGCCGCAAACCUCCAGCUCACUUUCACUCACCACCUGCCCUGGCCGACGCCUCGCCAUGUGCACGGGGAAGUGUGCCCGCUGCGUGGGGCUCUCCCUCAUCCCCCUCUCCCUGGUCUGCAUCGUGGCCAACGCCCUCCUGCUGGUGCCUAACGGGGAGACCACUUGGACCAACCAUCUCAGCUUGCAAGUCUGGCUCAUGGCUGGCUUCAUCGGCGGCGGCCUGAUGAUACUGUGUCCGGGAAUUUCAGCCGUCCGGGCAGGAGGCAAGGGUUGCUGUGGCGCAGGCUGCUGUGGAAACCGCUGCAGGAUGCUGAGCUCGGUCUUCUCCUCAGCGAUUGGGGUGCUCGGGGCUAUCUACUGCCUCUCAGUGUCGGGAACCGCGCUCCGAAACGGACCCAAAUGUUUAAUAGACGGCAAGUGGGACUACCAUUUCCAAGAGACCGGAGGCUCUUACUUGCUCAACGAUACUCAGUGGGAUUUGUGCGAGGCACCGCCCCGCGUGGUGCCCUGGAACGUGACGCUGUUCUCGUUGCUGGUGGCCGCCUCGUGCCUGGAGAUCGUGCUGUGCGGGCUCCAGCUGGUGAACGCCACCAUUGGUGUCUUCUGUGGCGACUGCCGGAAGAAGGAAGUUCACUGAGGCCGCAUCCACGCCGCCCUGCACCUGCUGGCUCUUGGAUGCCCCCUGGCCCGGCCCGCUUCUGCCCCGGCUCUCUGGAAUAAACGGCUUUGAGCUUUC